AUGCCUGAUGAACACCCAUCCAAAUGUCCAAAAUUUCAAUCUGAAGAGAUAGAUCAUGAUCUAGGAACACGUAAACAAAUAUGUGAAUUUCCUAUCAACAAACAAGACGAAAUCCGACGAGCUUAUCUCAUAGAAGGAAAUGCCAAAUAUACAUCACCCACAAUUCAAAAGGAGAUUUUGCAUAUUCUUGCUAGUAAUGUGCGAAAUGCUAUUCGUGAAGAAAUUGGGGAUGCAAAAUUCUGCAUUCUUGUUGAUGAAGCCCGGGAUGAGUCGAAGAGAGAGCAAAUGACCAUCAUUUUGAGGUUUGUUGAUAAAGAAGGUUUCAUUAAAGAGCGUUUCUUUCAUGUUAUGCAUGUUAGAGACACUACUAUAUUGACUUUAAAGAAUAAGAUAUGUGCUGUCCUUUCUCGUUACAACCUCCACAUUGAAAAUAUUCGAGGUCAAGGAUAUGAUGGGGCUGGUAACAUGCGUGGUGAAUGGAAUGGAUUACAAGCUCUUUUUCUUAAAGAUUGCCCAUAUGCUUAUUAUGUACAUUGUAUGGCUCAUAGGUCGCAAUUAGCUCUAGUUACAGCAUCUAGAGAAGUAAAAGAUGUUCAUCAAUUCUUUAAUCAUUUGGUUAAUAUUAUCAAUAUUGUUGUUGGUUCUAGUAAGCGUAAUGAUGAAUUGCAACAUGCUCAAGCAGAACAAGUUGAGAAUAUGAUUGCUUCUAAUGAAAUUGAGACUGGAAGAGGUGCAAACCAGAUUGGUACUUUGCAACGAGCUAGAGAUACUAGGUGGGGAUCUCAUUUUCAAUCUAUUUGUAGUUUGAUUAAAAUGUUUGAUGCUGCUUGCAAAGUUAUCAACACUAUCUUUGAGGAAGGGGCUAACUAUAAACAACGCGGUGAUAUCGAGGGAGCUUAUCAGGAGCCUUUACUUGCUAGUGUUAUAUCAUUUUGUGAGCAACAUGAAAUUGAUAUUCCUGAUAUGAAUGCUCGUUACACUAAGGGUCGAGAAUAUGAACAAGAACUUUUGGAGUCUCAAUUGCAACAUUAUGAGUUUGAUGCGAUAAAACAUCCAGAUUUUCAGAAUAUGAGUACAAUUUCCGAGCUAUGUAGGGGAUUAAAAAUUUCAGGAAAGUCUAAAAUCUAUUUUUUGAUUGAUAGACUUAUUCGUCUUGUGUUGACCUUUCCAGUUUCUACAGCAACUACAGAACGAGCUUUCUCAGCUAUGAAGUUGUUAAAAACAAGACUUCGCAAUAGAAUGGAGGAUGAGCUUUUGGCAGAUAAUAUGAUAGUUUAUAUAGAGAAGGAAAUUGCAGGGAAUUUCACUAUAGCGAUGAUAAUGGAUGAAUUUUAUUCCAUGAAAAAUCGUUGUCAGGCAUGA